UUUUUCUUUCAGAAAAAGAGCAGAGAAGAGACAUGCGGAGAGGGCAGUGGAGUGGAAAUCUUGGAGAACAGACCAUACACAGAUGGCCCUGGUGGCACUGGUCAGUACACACACAAGGUUUACCACAUUGGAAUGCAUAUCCCCAGCUGGUUCCGAUCCAUCCUACCUAAAGCUGCACUACGAGUGGAAGAAGAAUCAUGGAAUGCUUAUCCUUACACAAGAACCAGGUACACCUGUCCAUUUGUGGAAAAGUUCUCCAUAGAUAUUGAAACCUUCUACAAAUCUGACUCUGGAGAGCUCGCCAAUGUCUUCAACCUUUCUCUUGCUGAGAAGCGACAGACCGUAUUGGAUCCAAUUGAUAUUGUGAAAGAUCCAAUCCCCCCACAUGAAUAUAAGCCAGAGGAGGACCCUAAAAUAUACAAGUCACUGAAGACCAAAAGAGGCCCCUUGUCUGAUGACUGGAUAGAGGAACAUAGGAAUAACCUAGGGAGAUACCCCAUCAUGUGCGCAUACAAGCUGUGCAAAGUAGAGUUUCGGUAUUGGGGCAUGCAGUCAAAAAUUGAACGCUUCAUUCAUGACGUGGGUCUACGGAAAGUUAUGGUCAGAGCACAUCGGCAGGCCUGGUGUUGGCAAGAUGAAUGGUAUGGCUUAACCAUAGAGGACAUCAGACAGCUGGAGAAGGAAGCACAACUGAUGCUGGCACAGAAAAUGGCACAGUUCAGCUUAAGUGAAAAUGAAGCAGAACAGCAUGGCGCCAAAGAAUCUCCUGGAGAGAAGGAUGCAGAAACUAAGGUCAUCACCUCUAUAGAGACAGCAGAUGAGCCAAGUGGCAUUACAGAAUCGUUGACAGGAAGAGGCUUGACCAAGCAGUGGUCUACAUCUUCCAGAUCAUCUAGGUCUUCAAAGAGAGGAGCUAGUCCUUCUCGACACAGUAUAUCAGAGUGGAGAAUGCAAAGCAUUGCCAGGGAUUCAGAUGAGAGCUCAGAUGAUGAGUUUUUUGAUGCUCAUGAAGAUUUGUCAGACAAUGAGGAAGUGCUGCCAAAAGAAAUUACAAAAUGGAGCUCGAAUGACCUCAUGGACAAAAUUGAGACAGCUGAAUCUGAUGAACUGCAAGAUGAUUCCUAUCAUGAAACGGCAGAAUAUACCGUCAGUUCCAGUGUGGAAGGAUUAAGCAUAAUGGAGGAUGAAUCGGCACAAACCUCCUUGCAGCCAUGUAAAGUCCAUGUACUCAUAUUGGUGCUUCAUGGGGGUAAUAUCCUGGAUACAGGCAGCGGAGAUCAGAAUUCCAAGCAGGGCGACGUCAAUACCAUCAAGUCUGUGUUUGACACGGUGAUGAGGGUGCAUUAUCCAGCAGCAUUAGGACACAUUGCAGUCAGGCUCGUUCCCUGCCCAGCCAUCUGCUCAGAAGCAUUCUCAUUGGUAUCCAACUUAAGCCCAUACAGUUAUGAUGAAGGUUGUUUAUCUAAUAGUCAGGACCACAUCCCUCUAGCUGCUCUCCCUCUGCUGGCUACAUCAUCGCCUCAGUACGUGGAAGCUGUCGCAACAGUCAUUCAUCGUGCCAACCAGGUGUAUGCUGACUUCACGAAGUCACAAGAAGGCAUGUCCUUCACUGGGCAGGUGUGUUUAGUUGGUGACUGUGUUGGAGGGAUUUUGGGAUUUGAUGCCUUAUGUUACAGCAAUCAGACUGUGUCUGAAAGUCAGAACAGCAGUCGCAGAGGAAGCAUCCUGAGUGUUCAGGAUACGGAUCUCUUAUCUCCAGGUAUCAGCGUUAACAACAGUUACUGCUCUAGCAGUUCAAAUCUGGAGACUAGUCGACAUUUAAGCCGCAGCAACAUAGACAUACCUCGGAGCAAUGGUGAAGACCCAAAGAAACAGCUUCCUCGCAAGAGAAGUGACUCUUCAACCUAUGAGCUGGACACCAUUAAGCAGCAUCAAGCUUUUCUCUCUAGUUUACACGCAAGUGUCCUCAGAAAUGAUCCCGGGUCUCGAAGGUCAAGCAGCUCUACAAUGUUGGAUGGAGGCAGCAUUGGAAAAUUUUUGACUUUGAGAUUACAGACUUCUUUCUGUUUGGCUCUCCUCUUGGACUAGUGUUGGCGUUGAGGAAAACUGUGAUUCCAGCCCUUGACAUUUAUCAGCUUCGACCUGGCUGCCAGCAGGUUUACAACCUCUUCCACCCUGCUGAUCCUUCUGCCUCACGUGUAGAGCCACUUCUAGAAAAGAAGUUCCAUCUGCUGCCUCCCUUUAAUGUUCCUCGAUACCAGAGAUUCCCUUUGGGGGAUGGAAAUUCCGCCCUCUUGGUCGAAGCUAUACAGAACAACCCCAUCCUUCUCAUGGAAGGCAGCCCAGCGGUUGCUCUCCAGCGUCAAGAUGGCAUCAUGGAAACCAGUAUCCCUGUUCCUGUCCUAAGCUGCCAAGACACUUCCAGUAAAGCCACCACUUGUGCUGAAUCGGAUGUUGUUCAGUUUCAUGGUGCAGUCUUCGUGGAAAAUGCCUCCCCUUCCUCCCCCAUAACAGCUCCCCACUUCAGGGGGUACAGAAGAGCAAGUGAAAUCAGCAUUGCAAGUCAGGUCUCUGGAAUGGCUGACAGUUACACGGCUUCAAACAUAGCCAACAGUAAGUGCCUCGUUGCCUAA